UGGCGGUCACUGCGCAAAGUUUGAAUGUGGGUACUUUUAAUACUGUGGGAUGAAAUUCCACGCAACCGAACUUCCAAUUCCGAGCAUAAUUACACUUUGGCGAGCCGCUAUGAGUGCUGAGGCUCCAAAUAUCACGACAAAAGCCGCAAUUCGCCAACACAUAUGGGAACAUAUAGGGAGAAACAAUUUGGCGAAUUUUCCACGACCAGUUCACCAUCGAAUCCCAAAUUUUAAGGGUGCGAAUGCGGCAGGCGAAAAAGUCGUCGCCAUGGAUAUAUUCAAGAAAGCGAAAACUAUUAAAGUGAAUCCAGACAAGCCACAAGAAUGGGUGAGAUACAAGACGUUAGAGGAGGGAAAAGUGUUGCUUGUCCCAACUCCACGGUUAAAAACUGGUUUAUUCAACCGCAUUUUGCCCCCGGCAGGGGCUAAUACUGCAAUACUGAAGAAGUGUGCGACCAGGGAAGGUAUAACUCAUUACAGCGCACCUGUGGGAUUGGAACAUAAGAUCACUAUUGACCUUAUUGUGAUUGGGUCAGUGGCUGUGUCUUCCAAAGGUAUGGUUAGAGACCACUUCAGAGUCCUGUGAAUGAUCAGACAAUACUUAGAACCAGUGUGACAAGUGCAACCUGAAUAAAAAAAAAAGGGGGGAAGGGUAAAGCUAUCUGGUGGACUUUUGAGCAGUGUUUUGAAAGCUUUUCACAAUUCAUCACUCUCUGCCUUAACCCCCCAACAGCAGUAUGCAUAUUCUUCACACUAUACUAGAUCUAUACAUUUCCUGAAGUGAUGAUGAGAAGAGUUUGUAUAAAAAUCAAAAGCCUCUUUAGUUGGUGAUCAUUUCUUUUAUUCUUUAUUCUCAUCCUGGUCGAAAUGCAAAAGUAUUUGUUCUCAUUUGAUAUCUCACAACAGGUUAUCGUAUAGGCAAAGGUGAGGGAUAUGCUGACAUGGAAUAUGCCAUGAUGGUUUCCAUGGGAGCAGUCAAUCAAGACACAGUUGUGGUGUCUACUGUCCAUGAUUGUCAGGUAGUGGAUAUUCCAGAUGAGUUGACGGAUGAACAUGAUCUGAUGGUAAAGUAGACAUUCUUUAUUUUUUUUGUUUAAACAAAGUUGGUGUCAUGAGAUCAAAUGAGGUAAAAAUUGGCUUUAUAAUGGGUAGAGUGCCACUAAAUGAUUAUCUUGUUUAGUUUUCUUGAGUUUGAUAAUAUGUUAUGGGCAUUAUUUUUCCUUGUGGGAGAUGUGGUGGCCGUUGGGUUAUUGCACUGGACUGGGGAUUGAGGUCGAAGUUCAAGAAAAACAAUUUACUUUCAUAGUAACUCUGUUCAUCCAAAAGUAUAAAUGGGUUCUAGCAAAAUAUCAAGGAAGUUGGUUAAAAUUCUGGGGGGUUGCUCUAAUACUAUUUGUUGCUUCAUGCUACAAAAACCAAUACAAGCCCAGACUGGAUGGGACAACUUGGCUCAAGAACAGACCUAACCUGCCUCACCAUUAUUGUUGUGUACUUUAGUAUUUACUUUAGUAUGGUUACUUUGUGGAAAUAUGUUAGCUUAGUGGUUGGUGGGCUGGACUCAGGUUUAAGUGGUUUGGGUUUUUGAUCUGGCUUGAUCAUUGUGUUGUGUUCUUAGGCAAAAAAAUUCACCUUUGCAGUACAUGAACCUCUCUCCACCCGGCAGGAGUAGAAAUGGGUUGCAGCCAACUGUCAGUGAAGCCUGACAGAAUUUUUUCCGCAUUAUGAAAAAGUUAAGUUCUGAGUAAAACUACCCUACAAACAUCCAAUAGAAAUGGCUUCAGUACAAGGUGGUUACCAUUCUUUUGCUAUUUACAUGUAGGUAGACUACAUUGUAACACCCACAAGGGUUAUCCAUUGCCAAGGACAUACACAGAGCUCAGCUGGAAUUCAGUGGUCAAAAGUCACACCUCAAAUGUUAAAGGACAUUCCUGUAUUGAAAGAUCUUAGAGAAAAAGAGAGAAGACUUGGAAAGAAUGUCACUUUGAAAGAUUAACUUAUCAGCAAAGUUUCUGUCAAUAAUUGG